CCGACACACACUGAUUGUUUGAAAAUGGCGACCACCGACAUGUAGCGAGUUGAAACAAACACUAUUAAUCAGUUAUGCAUGUCUUUUUAAGUUUCGAAUACAUUCUGGGGUAAAAGAAAAACUUACAAAAUGUGACAAUUGAAGGAUAUAUUAAUUUCGGAGACGUAAAACAUGGCAACUGCGGAAACGCCACGAUUAUUGGAGAGUCCUUCAGAGAUUUCAGCUGAGAUUGAUCGUCGCCUUUUAGAAGAUGGGUUGGAAUGUACAGAGGAAGAGAAACUACUCUAUGUGUGGAAGUUAUACCAGCACACGGAGACUGAUCUCCAGCAAGCACUUGAGAAUGAGGAGAAGCUCAAGAUGGCACAGACAGCUGAAAUGCAGGAAGUUGAGAACUAUGUAGAACACAUACGCCAUCUGUCUGAUGAAAGAGAGGCUUUAAUCCAAGAAUUAGAAACAGAAAAUGAUAGCCUGAAACAAGAAAUAGAGCAACUGAAGCAAGAACAAAAUGCAAGUGCUCUACGUGAGGAGACAGCAGAGAUGCUUAUCCAACAAGGUCUGGAAGAAAUUGCUAAUGUCUCAACCUCCGAACAGAUUGCCUUUUUACUUGUCGAGCGAGCGAGACUGCUUGAUGAAUUAGAAGCAGAACAGAAUAGAACAGUGACGCCUUCUGUUGAUGGUCGAGCCUCCGAGGAUCUUCAGCGAACCUUAGAAAAGGAAAGGACAGAAUUUGAAGAGGAAAUAAAUGAACACAGAGACAGUAUAAAGAAAGUUAAAGAUCAGUUGAAAAAACAGCAUGAAGAAGAAAUUAAUGCUUUAAUGGAAGAAAACAAUAAGUUAGAAGAUGAUUUGGUUGAAUCAAAGGAAAAGAUGGAAGAGUUUCAAGCUGAAAUCAAAAAGCUUAGAGAUGAACUUCAACAAGAGAAAGACCUCAGGGAAAAGGAAAAAUCAGACUCAGAUUCUAGAUCCUCCACUCCACGUUUUAGCGGUGGACGACCGCCCAGUCCAGGAAGAGGGUCAACUGAUGUCGCUCUACGCAACAUUAUACAAGAGAAGACUAAGAUAGAGGGAGAAAUUCUACACCUGAAAUCUGACUAUAGGAAUUUGGAAAAUGACAAUUCUCUUCUUCAAGAUAAAAUAAAGAAAUUACAAGAAGAGUUAGAGGGAGUCCAAUCCUCCCAGUCACAAUUACAGAUGAAGAAUAAAAGUCUAAAGUCAGAGAUUGAGGAGCUAGAACAACAACUGGAGGACACAGAGAGCCAAGUUGAUAAGAUUGCAAAAGAUAAAGACAAAUUUAAUCGUAGAGUCUUAGAAUUGGAGGAAGAGCUGAGGCCACUAAGAGGCAAUAGUCAGAAAAUACAAAGUUUACAGGAUAUCAUUGAAGUUCUGAACAAAGAAAAGAAGAGCGUGACUGAUGAACUUGAACAAGUGAAACAAGAUUAUUAUGAACUAAGUUCUGAAAAAGACGAUUUAUCCAAUAAAACUUUGACUUUAACAAAAAGUGAACUAGAAUUGUCGUCUGAACUAGAUACUUUAAAAAGGGAAGUUGAAAAAUCUAAAUCAAAAGAAAUAAAAUUUGUUGAGCAACAAGAUGAACUCUCAAUGACCUUGAAACUAUUAGAUUCUGCGACCUUGGAGUUGGAAGAAUUGCAAAACAAGAAAGAAGAAUUAGAUGGGAGUACAGAAAAGUUAUCAAAAGAAAAUAAAGACUUGUUAAAUAAAAUGGAAGUUAUGAAUCAUGAACUUGAUCGCGUAAAAAAUGAAGGUCAAGAACAUUCUAAACAAGAAAUAAUUACAGGUCAUUUAAAAGACCAGAUUCAGAAACUACAGAAAGAAGUUGCAUCACUUAAAGAAGAGAUUCAAACAAAGACUGAUCAGGAAAAAGAACUACAAGAUAAAAUUGUGGAAUUAGAAAGAAAUAAUGUAGAAUUAAAGCAUAAACAAGAAAAAGACACUCAGGAUUUAAUGGCUAAAUUACAACUUUCAUUGACUGAAUUACAUAAAUCUAAAUCUGCUCAUGAACAGGAAGUUAAAAAGUGUUCGGAACUUCAAAAUAAAGUUCAAAGUUUACAAAAACAAUUAGAGGAUACUUCACAAAGCAGUAGUGUAUUUGAAACGAAAGCUUUGGAAUUAAAACGUUUAGAAGUGUGCGUCAAAGAUUUAGAACAUCAAUUAACAAUGAAAGAAAGUGUUGAUAGGAAAUUAUCCGAUCGUGAGCGACAGAUUGAGGAUUUAGAGAGAGAAUUAGACGAUUUAGAAGCUGUUCGUACUGAGUUAGAGGAUACAAGAUUUCAAUUAGAAAGUGAACAAAAAGGAAAAUCAAAAUUAGAGAAAACAAUUCAGGAAUUGGACGAAAUUUAUGAAAAUCAGAGAAUUGAACAUGAAAAUACACAGCAACAGUUGCUUAACAAGAUUAAUUCUCUGGAGAGUCGUGUAAAAGAACUUCAGGAUGAUUUAUUCCAAGCUCAGGAUGAGUUACAGGCCAUUCAGGAAGAGAAUGAUGCUGAGGUACAGGCAUUGCAAGAAAAACAUGAGUCAGAGUUCAAGUCCGUUCAACAAAAAUAUGAACAAGAAUUGAAGUCAGUCAAAGAAGACUUCCAGAAGGAAUUACAAGAAACCAAGGCAGCUAAAGUCCAACUGGAAGAGCAUUUAUCCGCUGAAAAACACCAAAGUGUUCAUGUGCAACCUCAGGCAGAAAUGUCUGCAGCUACCCAUAGAAUAGAAACUCAAAAAGUUGACAAUCUUGAAAAACAGAUUGAAUCUAUGAAGAUGAGGCUGACAGAAACAAACACUAAAUUAGAUCAAACAUCCAAAGAAAAAUUAAUGUUAGAUCGGGAAAACCGGUCUCUAAAAGAAACACUUCAUACAAACGAAAAAACAUUAAGUGAACAAGAAUCAGUCAGGCGUGAACUUUCUUCUGCACUGAGAGAAUUAGAACAUUUGAGAAUUUCGGCAAAGUACAGUGGAGAAGAAAGGCAGCGACAUAUGGAUAGAAUUCACUCUAUAGAAGAAUUAACUAAACAGUUGGAGAUUGACAACAGGGAACUAGCUGCUAAGCUCUCUGACACAUUAAAUCAAGUGAAACAUUCAGAAGAUCAAUAUAAAAGAGAAAGACAAAGAAGUACAGACAAAAACUACCAGAAUCAUCGUCAUUUGAAUCAGAUGGAAAAAGAUUUAGAAGAGGCCACUCAUCAGGUUAGACAACUCCGGGAUGAUCUACAGAAGAAACAGACAUACACAAUGAAGUUAGAAGCUGAUGCAAUAGGAAAUGCUGCCAAAUAUGAAAGUACUAUUGCCAGAUUGGAGACUGAGCUAGCUGAAGUUAAACAGUAUCACAAAAAAGAGAUAGAUAAUUUCCAGGAGAGAGUAGAUCUGGCUAACAAAGAGAACAAAGACCUUAAACAUCAACUCAGGGAUAAAAGUAAUGAGUUAUCUAGUAGAGAAAAAGAGUCCAACAGAUCAAAGACGUCCAGUGAAAGACUUGAGUCUCAGUUACAGACAGAAACAAAGAUACGUACAGACUUAGAAAACAGGAAUACAGCCCUGGAUCAGGAAAUUACAAAGAGCGAAGAUGUAUGGAGUCAAGUUAGAAGUUUGAUGGAAAAGAAUGCCACACUUGAAAUGACAAAAAGAAAUUUAGAAGAUGAACUGGAAAGGAGAUAUAAUAAUAAAUAUGCUGAGAAUUCACUGGUACAGCAGUCCACAGCUAACCUUGAGGCUAGUCUAAAAUCGGCACAAAGUAGGGCAGAAACAUCAGAUAGAAAGGCUGAGAAGCUACAACUUGAAUUGAAUGAUGUUUCAUACAAGAUGAAAUCAGUUGAACAUCAGAUGCAUCAGGCCGAGGAUUUAAAGCAUGAUCUACAAGAGAAAAAAGAACAGGUUGUACAAUUACGGAAUCAGAUGGAAGGAGAAAAAUUACAGAGAACACUACUAGAUCAAACAGUGGCAGAACUCAAACAUCAAGUCUCCCUUCUUAGAACACGAGAAUCUAAAGUCAUGGAGCAAAAUCGAGAGCUACAACAUACGAUGCUAGAUCUUGAAGCCAAGUUGGAGGAAAUGCAUGACAGAAGCCAGACUGCUAUUGAAAUGGAUUCAAACCUGUAUUCAACAAACUGGGAUGGUCAGCAACAGCACAUGACAGAGGUUGGGAAGAGGUCAAUGAUGGACCAGAUUGUAAGACUACAAAAGGAAAUCAAAGAUUUACAAUAUGAACUGUUGACUGUGAAUGAAAGAAGAGAAAUGCAGGAACGAAAAUACGAAGAGAGAAAGAUGAAGACUAAAGUCAAACUGAUGAGAGCCAGAGAGAUAUAUUCUAAGGAGAGAGCACGGAUGCAGGAACAGAUAGGAAGAUGUGAAGAGGACCUGAGAUUGACGAGGAAUUCUCUCAGGAAGGAGAUGGAUUGGAAGGAGAAAAUGGAUAAAAAUUAUCAACAACUGUUACAUGAUAAAAGGGAGUUAAUGUCACAGAUCACAGAUCACGAGGAGGAAAUUCGAGAAAAACGCAGAAUGGUGUCGACAUUACAAGUCCGUACAAAGUUUCUAGAGGAGGAGAAUUCACGACUUCAAGAUCGUAUAGAUCAGAUUUUACAACAGAAAAAUGCUUUAGAUAAAUUACUGAAGGCAUACAAAGUGGGCAAAGAUAGAGAGAUAUCCAGAGCAAUUACUCCCGAGACUCAUAGCCACUCUCACACCCACAGCAUUGCAGGGGGUACAAGUGGGAUCGGCAGUAAUGCAGACACAAGCUGGGCUAAUGAUCCCGACCAUUAUGUAGAAAACUUAGUUCCGUUCCGUAAUCAGUCUAUAGAUAACUACCUCAAUCGAACCUAUCCCUCAAGUCACAUGAUUGACUUAUACCGUGGAGAGACGGGUAGCGAGGAAUCGUUUGGUCAAGAUUACAGCACAUGACGCCAGGAUAAACCUUUAGAUUAUUUAUGAAAACUUGCUAUAUUAAGUUGAAAUAUUCGUAGAUAUGUUAUGUGAAGUGAUUGUUUAAUAUAAGAAUGAUUGGGUUAUUUUAUAAUGAUAUAUUGUAUUAAGAUUAUUAAACUCAGUAUUAAAAUGGCAAUUGGAGUUCCGUCCAAAGUUUGUUAUUGUGUAUGAUUCAAGAACCAGUCAACAUUUUACAAAAAUCUUUAAGAUCAAAAUUACUUGUUAGUCAUGAGCCUUGCAGUAUAACUUACAAUCGAUUUUAAUCUUAAUAUUUUUAUUGUGAAAAAUGUUGCUGAAAAAAGGACUGGAAUUGCUACAGUAUAGUUUUGUCGUUUUUAUUCUCCCAUGCGUUUUUUAUUUCCUCAAAAAUUAUUCCUGGGUAGAUUGUUGUCAUAUUUGCAACCAUACCAGAAUUACCAAACUUUAAAUGUUUAUACGGACCGGUGAAAAAAGUCUGACGAUACAUUAAACAAGAACCAAAAAAAACAAACCAUGAAAGAGUGAUUUCCCCUUAACUUUGUAACUUAUUUCAUUAAAAAUACUGAAAUUGAGUGACACUUUCAAUUGAAACAAUAUUAUAUGAACAUAACUGACAGGGGCAGAUCCAUAGGGAGAUUGGAACCCCCCUUUUUUGGGACGAUCAAUGCAUUUGAAUGGGGACAUAUAGUUGGAAACCCAUAUAGUUAAAAAUGGCUGGAUCCGACCCUGACUGACAUAUCUGAAGAAUAAUUAUGAUUUAGACAAAAUUAUACUGUAGUUUAAAUUUCCUAUAAUGUGAAAACAAUGCACUAGUUUAAUUAUGCAAAGAAUCAGAUAUCAAAAGUCUUAAUUUGCCUUAAAAUGUACAUUAUUACAUGGUGCCAAAAACUCAUGUGGCCAAUGUUAAGUUUUCUCCAAUCAUUAAGAAAAUUUGUAAAUCCCAAAAAUCCAUAUUUUCUGUAUGAGACAAUAUGUACCAAAUCAUUUACUUUUGUAUAAUUCGUCCUUCUACAUAUUUAACAUACAGGAAACCAUAUUUAUUUGUAUAGAUAUUUAUUUCACAAGUGCCAUGCUUAGUUUUAUUUAUUUAUAUAUGCUAAAUUAAACAAGAUUAGAUUAGUCAGUAUUCAUGAAAUCAUGGUAUUUCCAGAAAAAAAAUUAUGAUUUGACUUCUUAGAUUAAAAAUAGGAUUUUUUUUUUUUCGCAUCUAUUAAACUAUGCUAAAUGAAACAGAUUAGAGUAGUCAGUAUUCAUGAAAUCAUGGUGUUUUCCAGAAAAAAAAUCAUGAUUUGACUUCUUAAAUUAAAAAAGGAUUUUUUUUCAGCAUCUAUAAAACUGCUAAAUUAAACAGAUUAGAGUAGUCAGUAUUCAUGCAAUCAAUGAAGAAGUUGAUGUCCAGAAAUUAAUUUUUGAUGCAACUCCUUAAAUUAGAAAUAGGAUUUUUUUUCUCAUCAUUAUAAUUAUGCUAAAUUAAACAGAUUUUCAUGUAGGAAGUUUAUGUUGUCCAGAAAAAAAUCUCGAUGUAACUUAUUAAAUUAGAAUUAGGGAGAUAUUUUAUCUUCAGUUUUAACAUUGUAUAGUUCUGUGGUAGUGUGUUAGUAUGAUUUAUCUACGUAAGGUAACUUUUCACUUCAUACAGCUUGUAAAUUAUUGCAAACCUUUCAAUUAUGAAUACUAUCCACAAUUGAAAGGUUUACAACAAAAAAUAUAUAU